GGAAUCCCCGCGGCAGGACGGUAGUGAAAUGGCGAACGAAGGCGUUAGUAGCGAUGCGCUCGCAUUUCGACAAAUGCUGGUAAGACUAGAUUCCAAAAUCACCCCUCAAGAACUCGAAAAAAUGAAGAUAUAUUGCAAAGAUAUACUUGGAACCAAAAUUCGAGAUCAGAUCAGAUCGUUCGUUGCACUGUGCGAGAAGCUUGAAGAACGAAAGCGUCUCAGUCGUAAAGAGAUGACUUUUUUUGAAACAAUGUUGACUCUCUGCACGGACGGCAGACUGGAUGUUCUAGACAUUUUGAAUGAGUUUCGAAACCAAAUCACGAAAGUCGGUGGUUGGUCAGCACAGAGAAGAUCUGAAGAAGGAAACUGCAUUCCUGAUUAAUAACCUUGGACGAGAUUGGAAGUUUUUCAUGCGAGCAUUGGGAGUACAAGAGGCUGUGCUUGACAUGUGCAUUGAUGCUUAUCCACGAAAUGUGCGUGAACAAAUUAACGCUGCAUUUAAGGAGUGGCAAGAACAGUCAGAAGCUGUUGU